UUAAAAAAGCUUCUUCCUUUACAUUCAAGAAUAUAUUUUUCAUUUUUUCAUUUUUUUUUUCAUUUUUGAUUUAUUUUUAGUUAUUAAUCUUCUUCUUUUUUUUUUAAUGACACCAAAAGAAGAGCUCUUUUACUCUGCCCAAAAAGCAUUUUCCAGAAAUCCUUGCAACUGAUUAUAUAGUACUUUCAAUUCCUUCAUUUUCCAGAAAUUCUUUCCUUUUUUUCUCAAAUUUUUACUCACUUGCCUCUGUUUUAUUCAGAUUUGUAAAAUCAUAUUUCAAAAGAUGAAACUCAUGAGACCCCUUUUUUCUUCUUCUUCUUCUUCUUCUACUUCUUCUUCUUCUUCACAUUUCUGUUCCUUAAUUUCUUUUACUAUUUCCAAUUAUUACUCAGGAAAUUUUGUCUAGGAUAUUUUGGGUUAUUCUUCCAGAUGGAUGCUGAUAAAAAAGUUGUAGAGAGAGAGAGAUUAAAAGAAAAUAAAAAGGAAACAGAUAGAUGUUCUUGUGAAUCAGGGGAUCUUUUCUUUCUUUCUCUCUGUUGAAUUCUGACUUUGCUUCCCCCUUUGCUUUUUCUUUCUUCUUCUUACACUUGGUUCUGAUUCUAAAUGGAUACUCUCAUGGAUUGAUCUUUAUAAUUUCAUAAAUCCUUUAAGCUUCUUAAUUUUAUUUUUCCCUUCUUGGGUAUGGGAAUUUCUUAAUUUCAUCUGCUCAUUGACCUUCUUCAUCUGGGUUUUUCAUCUUUAAUCUUUGAUUUCUUUCAUUCCUUUGGUUUUUGAGCAAAUUUCGGAACUGGGUUUUGUUUUGUUUCUAUAAAUGAGAGCUGGGUUAAGUACGAUUCAGCAGACUCUUACGCCGGAGGCGGCGAGUGUGCUGAAUCAUUCCAUAGCUGAAGCCGGUCGCCGGAACCAUGGCCAAACGACGCCGCUUCAUGUGGCUGCAACGCUUCUCUCUUCACCGAGUGGGUUUCUCAGGCAAGCUUGUAUCAAAUCCCACCCAAAUUCCUCGCAUCCCCUUCAGUGCCGAGCUCUUGAGCUCUGUUUUAGCGUUGCCCUUGAGCGGCUUCCGACAGCUCAAAACGCUAGUCCCGGCGCUGAGCCGCCCAUUUCCAACGCGCUUAUGGCUGCCCUUAAGCGCGCCCAAGCUCACCAGCGCCGUGGCUGUCCGGAGCAACAGCAACAGCCGCUCUUAGCCGUCAAAGUUGAGCUCGAACAGUUAAUUAUCUCGAUUCUUGAUGACCCAAGUGUGAGCCGUGUUAUGAGGGAGGCUAGUUUUUCUAGCCCCGCUGUUAAGGCCACCAUUGAACAAUCCAUGAAUUCACCGGCCCCGGCAAGUUCUUCGCCGAUUGGGGGAUUGGGGUUUCGACCUUCUCCGGUAGGACCGCCGAGGAAUUUGUACUUAAAUCCACGGCUGCAACAGCAGGGGAGCGUCGCCCCACCGGUGCAGCAGAGGGGGGAGGAAGUCCGGAAGGUGUUUGAUAUAUUGCUCCGAUCAAAGAAGAGGAAUCCGGUGCUCGUGGGGGAGUCGGAGCCGGAGGCCGUGGUGAAGGAAUUGUUGAGGAGAAUUGAGAAUAGAGAAUUGGGGGAUGGGACACUUGGUAAUGUUCAGAUAAUUCAUUUGGAGAAGGAGAUCUGUUCUUCUGAUAGGUUGCAGAUUGCUGGUAGGCUUAAGGAAUUGGGAGAUUUCGUGGAGAGUAGAAUGGAGAAUUUAAAUGGUGGUGGAGGGGUUAUUCUUGAUAUGGGGGAUUUGAAAUGGCUGGUUCAGCAGCCACCUGCAACCGGGGGUGGUUCGGGGUCGGGUGCGGUGCAGCAGCAGGUUGUUUCGGAAGGUGGGCGUGCUGCAGUGACGGAGAUGGGGAAGCUUCUUGCCAAGUAUGGCAAUGGUAGCGGUAGUCGGCUUUGGUUGAUUGGUACUGCGACUUGUGAGACAUAUUUAAGGUGUCAAGUCUAUCACCCUUCCAUGGAGAAUGAUUGGGACUUGCAGGCUGUGCCCAUUGCUGCCCGAGCACCUCUUACCGGAUUGUUUCCGAGGCUUGGUACCACUGGGAUUCUUAAUAGUCCGAUUGAAUCAUUAUCCUCGAUCAAGGGAUUUCCGACAGUCACCACCAUUCCGAUGCGACCAGUGAUGCAUGAGAACCUGGAUUCUUCUCAGAAAACAAGUUGUUGCUCUCAAUGUAUGCAAAAUUAUGAACGGGAACUGGAAAAAUUUGUGGCCAAUGAGCUGGACAAACCAUCUUCUGUACCUAAAACGGAAGGAGCCAAAGCAUCCACUCUCCCUCCGUGGCUGCAGAAUGCAAAGGCCCAAGAUGAAGAUGCAAAGAAACCCGAAACAACCGAUAAUUUGGAUAAAGAACUGAUGCGAAAGCAAAAGACUCAAGAACUACAGAAGAAAUGGCACGAUAUAUGCUUUCGUCUUCAUCCUAAUUUCCAUAAUCUGAACAAGUUUGGUUCAGAGAGAACUGUACCGGUGUCUCUUCCUUUAACAGGUUUGUACGGUCCGAACUUGCUCGGGCAUCAACCUUCCCAACCAAAGUUACAAUUGAAUAAAGGAUUUGGUGAAACCCUGCAACUGAAAACAAAUCCACUUCUGGCUAGUAAACCAUCUGAAAAAGUUGUAUCGAUUUUGCGACCGAAUAGCCCUGUAAGGACAGAGUUGGCUCUUGGACGAAAGAAUGUUGGUGAAAUCUUGGCUGAGGAAACACACAAAGAGCGUGUGAAGGACUUUCUGGGUUGCAUAUCUUCUGAACCCGAGAACAAAGUCUGCGAACUACGGAGUAGUAAAUUUGUCAAUACAUCGGAUAUUGACUCGUACAAGAGGCUUUUUAAAGGUAUACUGGAGAAGGUAUGGUGGCAGCAAGAAGCAGCAUCUGCUUUGGCUACAAGUGUGACUCAGUUCAAAUUGGGAAAUGGAAAACGACGAGGUACGGUUCCGAAAGGAGACAUGUGGCUCUUGUUCUUGGGUCCCGACCGAGUUGGAAAGAAGAAGAUGGCAACUGCUCUUGCAGAGCUGGUAUCUGGGUCCAAUCCUGUAACCAUUUGUCUUGGCUCAAAACGCAGUGAUGGAGAAUCAGAUAUCAGUAUCCGUGGUAGAACCGUGUUAGAUAGAAUUUUGGAGGCGGUUAGAAGAAAUCGAUUUUCUGUCAUUGUGCUUGACGAUUUCGAUGAAUCUGAUCUGUUGGUCUGUGGAAGCAUAAGAAGGGCCAUGGAGAGAGGUCGGUUCACCGAUUCUCACGGCCGUGAAAUCAGUCUUGGUAAUAUCAUCUUCAUCCUUACAGCAACCUGGGUACCGGAUGAUAUGAAACACUUGUCUAACGGGAAUCAGCUCGAGGAAGAGAAAUUUGCUAGUUUAGCAAGAAGAACUUGGCAGUUGAAACUAUCCGUUAGUGAGCAGACAGUUAAACGUCGAGGCGAAUGGACGCACGGUGAAGAACGGUGUUUGAAACCCAGAGUAGAAACUGGUUCAGCCAUAGCAUUUGAUCUCAACGAAUCUGCAGAUGCAGAGGAUGAGAAAACAGACGGAUCAUUGAAUUCCAGUGACGUAACAACUGAUCACGAAACCGAGCACGGCCUCAACACUCGACAAUUAUCAUUCAUGACUCAUUCAGCAUCACGAGAGAUGUUCAAUACAGUCGACGAUGCAAUCGUCUUCAAACCAGUGGACUUCUCUCCAAUCAAGCACAACAUCACAAGCUCCAUCAACAAGAAGUUUUCAUCCAUUGUUGGAGAGAAGAUUUCACUUGAAUUACAGGAGAAUGCUCUUGAGAAAAUCACUAGUGGGGUAUGGCUCGGGAACACGAACGUCGAUGAAUGGACCGAGAAGUAUCUCGUUCCAAGCUUGAAAGAGCUCAAAGCUCGCCUUCCGACUGCCAAUGCCUUUGAGUCCAUGGUGGUUAAGCUGGAGUCCGACAGCGACUUGGGUUGCCGGAGCUCAGAAAGUCAGCUGCCUUGUAGCAUCAAGGUGGUUGUGGGGGAAAAACUGUGAGAUGUGCCGAGGUUCAUAGCAGUUGGAAUUUUGUAACUUUGUUGGAUAGAGAUGUAAAUAUGCUUGAAUGGAAGGGUAAAAUCGUAAAAGAAAGAAAAAAAAAGAAGUUAAAAGAGCCAUAUGAGGGAGCCUGAGAGGGCUUAGGCCAAGUUUACUUUUUUCUUUUUCCCAAUAUUUUUUCUUAAAUUAUUUGAUUUCUUUAUGUUUACUACCUCCAAAUUUAUAGGAAUUAAAGAAUUAUAGAUAUUAUUUUAUUGAAUUAA